AUGCGAGAUGUCAAUAUUCAGAGACUACUAGAGAGCUUGGCCCUGGCCCCUCCCACAGAAGAGGGCGUGAAGAAGCUCAUCCAGCUGGUGACCACCUAUGCCCAGGGCUUUAAGUUGUGGCUGGGUCCUACCUUCCCCCUCCUCACUUUAUGCCACCCUGACACCGCCCAGGCUAUCACCAGUGCCUCAGCUGCUGACGCACCCAAGGAUAUGCUUUUCUAUGGCUUCCUGAAGCCCUGGAUGGGGGACGGGCUCCUACUGAGUGCUGGUAACAAGUGGAGCCGCCACCACCACAUGCCGACGCCCGCCUUCCACUUCAACAUCCUCAAACUCUAUGUGGCGAUUUUCAACAAGAGCGUGAACAUCAUGCACGGCAAGUGGCAGUGCCUGGCCUCAGAGGGCAACACCAGACUGGACAUGUUUGAGCACAUCAGCCUCAUGACCCUGAACAGUCUGCAGAAAUGGGUCUUCAGCUUUGAUAGCAAUUGUCAGGAGAAGCCCAGUGACUAUAUCACCGCCUUCUUGGAACUCAGUGCCUUUGUAGAAGAAAGAAACCAGCAGAUUCUCCUGCACUCGGACUUCCUGUAUUAUCUGACUCCGGAUGGGCGGCGCUUCCGCAGGGCCUGCCGCCUGGUGCACGACCUCACAGACGCCGUCAUCCAGGAGCGGCGCCGCAGCCUCCCCACUCAGGGUACUGAUGGCUUCCUCAAGGACAAGGCAAAGUCCAAGACUUUAGACUUCGUUGAUGUGCUUCUGCUGAGCAAGGAUGAAGAUUGGAGAGAGUUGUCUGAUGAGGACAUAAGAGCAGAAGCUGAUACCUUCAUGUUUGGGGGCCAUGACACCACGGCCAGUGGUCUCUCCUGGAUCUUAUACCACCUUUCAAGGCACCCAGAAUACCAGGAACGCUGCCGGCAAGAAGUCCGAGAGCUUCUGAAGGACUGUGAGCCUAUGGAGAUUGGUGAAACUCCCCCUGCACAGAGACUGUCCUGCAGGUAUGGGGCUGGAAGGCUUCACACAACCUCAAAGUCCUGGGACCCAAACUAUUACUCAGACCACGGAGCAGGUGAGGCAAGAGUUGGGCAAGGUAGAUCUUUACUCCACCUCAUAGAGUGUGGGCUUAUGGCGUUUCUCCUUUCACCCAAUUAGCCUUCGCUUUCAAUG